AUGAAACAUCCGGGUUGGAAUAUCGCUGUAAUGGAUGAGAUGGGAAGGAUACAUAUGUUACAUACCUGGAGUCUAGUGCCUCGAACAGAAGACAUGAAUGUACUCAGUAGCAAGUGGGUCUUCACACCUAAGAUGAAGCCAAAUGGAGAGUUGAAUAAGCUGAAAGCGAGACUUGUUGCGAAAGGUUUUGAUCAAGAAGAGGGUCUAGAUUACUUGGAGACUUUCAGACCUGUCGUGCACACAGCUACUAUCAGAAUGAUCCUUGAUGUAGCAACGUCGAAGGAUUGGCAGAUUAAACAGUUGGAUGUGUCAAACGCCUUCUUACAUGGAGAACUGAAGGAGCCAGUCUUCAUGUUUCAACCCAAAGGUUUUGAGGAUCCUGAAAAACCUGAUCAUGUCUGCAAACUCACCAAGGCACUGUAUGGUCUCAAACAAGCUCCUAGAGCAUGGUUUGAUACAUUCAGCAACUAUAUCAUUGACUAUGGAUUCACAUGCAGCAAGUCUGAUCCAUCUCUAUUCCAUUAUCAUCGCAAUGGAAAGAAAAUGGCGCUGCUUAUGUAUGUUGAUGAUAUGCUACUUACUGGAAGUGAUCCUGCACUACUACAAGAUCUCCUUGACUGUUUAAACAAGAGAUUUUCGAUGAAGGACCUUGGCAAACCACAUUAUUUCUUGGGUGUUGAAAUUGAAUCAUAUACAGGGGGAAUGUUUCUUCAUCAACAAGCCUAUGCCGCUGACAUUUUACAUCAAGCGUCUAUGUCAGACUGCAAUCCGAUGCCAACUCCCUUACCGCUUCAACUAGAUGACCUCAACUCUGAACCAUUCUCAGAACCGACUUACUUUCGAAGCUUGGUGGGAAAACUACAAUAUCUCACCAUCACGAGGCCAGAUAUUCAAUAUGCGGUGAACUUUAUAUGCCAAAGGAUGCACUUACCUACAGUCUCUGACUUUCAUCUCCUCAAACGCAUCCUGCGGUAUAUAAAAGGAACCAUUAACUUUGGCAUGCACAUCAAGAAGGACAAGGAGUUGACACUACAUGCGUUCUGUGAUAGUGAUUAUGCAGGCUGCAAACAAACCAGGAGGUCAACAACAGGGUUCUGUACAAUGUUGGGUUCAAAUCUGAUCUCCUGGUCCGCCAAACGGCAACAAACCGUGUCCAAGUCGUCAACUGAAGCAGAGUAUAGAGCUCUCACUGCAACAGCUCAGGAACUUACCUGGCUAUCAUUCUUGUUACGUGAUCUGGGUAUUGAACAGCAUCAACCGACGGUCUUGAAGUAUGAUAAUCUCUCUGCAGUAUACCUGAGUACAAAUCCAGCUCUACAUAACAGGUCAAAGCACUUUGAUACAGACUUUCAUUAUGUUCGUGAGCAAGUGGCUUUGGGGUUGAUCGAAACACAACAUGUGCCGGCUGCUGAACAAUUGGCCGAUGUUUUUACUAAGUCUUUGCCGAAGAAGCUCUUCUUUGACUUGAGGAGCAAACUUGGUGUAGCUGGACCACCUACACUAAAUUUGAGGGGGAAUGUGAGUAAGGACUCAAGUCCAACUCAGAAUACUGAAGCCCAUGUUGCAGAGAGCCCAUCUAUUAAGCCCAGUCAACCAAAACAGAAGCAGCCAAAACCUGCAAAAGGUGUUGCGCCAAAGAAGGAGAAGAUUCCCUGCUCUAACCAAUUUGAAUUGUUGUCUUCUCUGUCUAACGUCUAG